AAAACACAGUAUUCUUCGGAAUUAUCAGAGUAUGUAAUUUUGAAUAAUAAUGAAAACAAAGUUAUCAUUAUCAAAUGGAGGAUUGCUUAUCUGAGAUAAAGGGGUUUGGGUAUACAAUAUUGUAAAUAAUAAGUUCAUCACAAACUAUAAAAAACAAAAUGGAAUUUGAUGAAAAAAGUGAUCAUCAAAAUAUUGUGAUUGACGAUAGCCAAGAUUUGAUGCCACUGUUUAAAGUGAAUGUUGAUGGAGUUCAGGAGAUUUUAGAGACUAUCAGAUCUAAUAUAGUCAGAAUUGAGGAACUCAAAAAACAAUAUAUAAGUGCAACUAGAUCUGAGGCUGAGUAAGGUUGGUAAUUAUGAAUUUAAUAAUUAUACAGAAAUAAGUUCGAAAUUGGAUAGGAUAAUACAAUAAAAUAAUCAAUUAUAGGGGAGAUUGAAAAAGUUAAUAGCAUAACUAGCUUUGGAUGUUGAAAAAGCAAAAGACGAGUAACCUAACGAACCUGAAACGAGAAUGAAAAUAGAUAUCUGGGCAGCAGUAAAUCUGAAAGUGUAGGCUGUAUUGACAGAGUGUCAAAAUUCUCAAUUAGAUUUCAAAAAGAAUAUGAGGAACAAGAUAAAAAGACAAGCAACUUGGUUGGAUUCUAGUCUUGAUGAGAAUUAAAUAGAUGAAUUAUGCCAAGAUCCAAAAGUAUGAUUUAAUUUGAUGUAGAAAAUGUAAGAAUUGUAUCAACAGAAAAUCUAUGGAUAAGCGUCGAUUAACAUUUAAAAUGCCGUAUAAGACAUUUAAGAAAAAUAUAAAGACAUUGAUAAGCUAGAGAAAGUAUAAAUAUAAAUUUACUAAUUGAAGAGCGUACAAUAUUUACAUUAACUAUUUGCAGAUAUGGCAUUGUUGGUUAAGAAUCAAGGAGAAUUGAUUGAUAAUAUUGAAUAGAACAUGUUAAAAGCAAGGGAUUACGUUAAAAAAGGAGAGGCUGAAUAGAUCAAGGCCAAGAAGAAUCACUAAGCUGCUAGAAGAGUAAAUAUUUGAAUUGAUUAUAGAGAAUGUGCUGUAUCAUAAUGAUUGGACUGGUUUUGAUUUUAGUUAUAGUUGGUCCAGUCUUAGGAACCUCUUUGUGA